CCUUUUAUCCCGUUCUCUUUAUCCCGUUCUCUUUAUCCCGUUCCUUUUUAUCCCGUUCCCUUAUCCCGUUCCCUUUAUCCCGUUCCCUUUAUCCCGUUCCCUUUAUCCCGUUCCCUUUUAUCCCGUUCCCUUUUAUCCCGUUCCUUUCAUCCCGUUCCCUUUAUCCCGUUCCCUUUAUCCCGUAUCCCCUUUAUUCCCUGUCCCUCCCGUCCAGGGUGCCACCUCGGGUGGGAAGGAGGGACAGCCCCAGGCUGUGUCCCUGAGAUGCAAUUCCCGCAUUUCUUUGUUUGUUUUGGAAUUUUGCCGAUGGUUAUCGAGGCAGGGGUCAGUGCCUUGUCAGGGAUCGCAGAAUCCCGGGAUGCUUUGGGUGGGAAGGACCUUAAAUCCCAUCCAGUUCCAGCCCCAAAACCUGCCAGGGUGCUCCAGCCUGGCCUUGGGCACUUCCAGGGAUCCAGGAGCAGCCCCAGCUCCUCUGGGAAUUCCAUCCCAACACCUCCCCACCGCACUCGAGGCGAUUCCGUGCUUCCAUCACCUCUGUAUUCCUGUUUUCCUUUGUAUUCCUGCAUUCCUUAUCCUGCAAAGCCCAGCACUGGCCCCGCACUCGGGUGCAGCCCCGAGGGAAGGGAAGGAUCCCGUGCCCCAUCCCGGGAUCUGCCCUCAGGGAUCUCCCCAGGGCUGGGCAGGGAAUCAGCUCGGGUGGGUUUUCCCGCAGGAGCAGAGCAGGGAUGGCUCAGGGAAGGUCGGAUGGUCCCGGUCCCUCCGAGGUCACCGGCUGAGGCUCCAGCAGCUCCCUCUGCUGCCCCGAUCCCAAAAUGGGCAGGAUCAGCAUCUCCUGCCUGCUGCCGGCCUCGUGGCACUUCAGCCUGUCACCCGUGGGGUGUCCCCGGGUCCUCAACACCUCCCUGAGGCAGCUGCUGCUCCUGGGGGCUGCGGCUGCAGCCGGGGCCCUGCUGCUCUGCUCCCUGCUCCUGCUCCGGGGCAAGUACGGCCGGGCCCGCGAGGGGAGCUUCCACAGGUACCUGGCCAGGGUGACAGACACAGAAGCCACAGACACGAGGAACCCAAACCUGAACUAUGGGAUCGUGGUGGAUUGUGGCAGCAGUGGCUCCAGGGUGUUUGUGUACUGCUGGCCCCGGCACAACGGGAACCCCAAGGACCUGCUGGACAUCCAGCAGAUGAGGGACAGCAACAGGAAACCCGUGGUGAUGAAAAUCAAACCAGGAAUUUCAGAGUUUGCCAGCUCUCCUGACAAGGUCAGUGAUUACAUCUCACCCCUGCUGAGCUUCGCUGCCGAGCACGUGCCCCGCUCCAAGCACAAGGAGACUCCUCUGUACAUCCUGUGCACUGCAGGCAUGAGGAUCCUGCCUGAGAGCCAGCAGAAAGCCAUCCUGGAGGAUUUGCUCACAGACAUCCCCGUGCACUUUGAUUUCCUCUUCUCUGAUUCCCACGCUGAGGUGAUUUCUGGGAAGCAGGAAGGAGUCUAUGCAUGGAUUGGGAUCAACUUUGUCCUGGGAAGGUUCGAGCACACAGAUGAUGAGGAGGAGGCCGUGGUGGAGGUGCAGAUCCCAGGGAGCGAGCACCACGAUCCCAUUUUCCGGAAGAGAACCGUGGGGAUCCUGGACAUGGGUGGGGUCUCCACUCAGAUCGCCUACGAGGUGCCCCCAAGUGUAAGCCUUGCCUCCCCUCUCCAGGAGGAAGUGGCCAAGAAUUUGCUGGCAGAAUUUAAUUUGGGAUGUGAUGCCCACCAGACCGAGCACGUGUACCGGGUGUACGUGGCCACGUUCCUGGGGUUCGGAGGGAACGCGGCUCGGAGGAGAUACGAGGAGAGCCUGAUCUCCAGCAGCCUCCUCAGGAACAGGCUGCAGGGCCGGCAGCCCGGGCUCAGCCCGGAUUCCCCUCUGGCUGACCCGUGCCUGCCGCGGGACGCUCGGCAGGAGCUGCAGCAGGAGGGGCUGCGGCUGCACCUGCGGGGCACGGGGCACUUCCAGCAGUGCCGGCAGCUGCUGCAGCCGCUGCUCAACAGAACCAACGAGACCCAGAGCUCCCUGAACGGCGUCUUCCAGCCCCCCGUGCACUUCCAGAGCAGCGAAUUCUACGGAUUCUCCGAGUUCUAUUACUGCACCGAGGAUGUGCUGAGGAUGGGCGGGGAUUACAGCGCCACCAAGUUCACCAAAGCUGCGCAGGAUUAUUGCUCCACCAGGUGGUCGGUGCUGCGGGAACGCUUCGAGCGCGGUCUCUACGCCCCCCACGCCGACCUGCACCGCCUCAAGUUCCAGUGCUUUAAGUCCGCCUGGAUGUUCGAGGUUUUCCACCGGGGAUUUUCCUUCCCGGAGAGCUACGGGAGCCUGAAGACAGCUCUGCAGGUCUAUGACAAGGAGGUGCAGUGGACCCUGGGGGCCAUCCUCUACAGAACCCGCUUCCUGCCCCUCAGGGACAUCCAGCAGGAAAAUUUCCGUGGGAUUCACACUCAUUGGAGGAAUUUCUCCUUCGUGUACAACCACUACCUGUUCCUGGCCUGCUUCCUGGUGGUGCUGCUCUCCAUCCUGCUCUACCUGCUCCGCCUGCGCCGCAUCCACCGCCGGGUGUUCCACAGCAGCUCCUCCCCUUCCCUCUGGAUCCAGGAGGGGCUCCCCCCACAGAAAAUCCCGGGAUCCGUCUGAGAUGCAGCCCCAGAAAAUCCUGGGAUCCAUCUGAGAUUCAGAGAGAAAAUCCCAGGAUCCCUCUGAGAUUCAAAGAGAAAAUCCCAGGAUCCAUCUGAGAUCAAAGAGAAAAUCCCAGGAUCCAUCUGAGAUCAAACAGAAAAUCCCAGGAUCCAUCUGAGAUCAAACAGAAAAUCCCAGGAUCCCUUUGAGAUUCACAUAGAAAAUCCUGGGAUCCAUCUGAGAUCAAACAGAAAAUCCUGGGAUCCCUCUGAGAUUCAAAGAGAAAAUCCCAGGAUCCCUCUGAGAUUCACAUAGAAAAUCCCAGGAUCCAUCUGAGAUUCAGAGAGAAAAUCCCAGGAUCCAUCUGAGAUCAAAGAGAAAAUCCCAGGAUCCAUCUGAGAUCAAACAGAAAAUCCCAGGAUCCCUCUGAGAUUCAAAGAGAAAAUCCCAGGAUCCCUCUGAGAUUCACAUAGAAAAUCCCAGGAUCCCUCUGAGAUUCACAUAGAAAAUCCUGGGAUCCAUCUGAGAUCAAACAGAAAAUCCCAGGAUCCCUCUGAGAUUCAAAGAGAAAAUCCCAGGAUCCCUCUGAGAUUCACAUAGAAAAUCCCAGGAUCCCUCUGAGAUCAAACAGAAAAUCCCAGGAUCCCUCUGAGAUUCAAAGAGAAAAUCCCAGGAUCCCUCUAAGAUUCAAGGAGAAAACCCUGGGAUCCAUCUGAGAUCAAAGAGAAAAUCCCUGGAUCCCUCUGAGAUUCAUGGAGAAAAUCCCGGGAUCCAUCUGAGAUUAAACAGAAAAUCCCAGGAUCCCUUUGAGAUUCACAUAGAAAAUCCUGGGAUCCAUCUGAGAUCAAACAGAAAAUCCCAGGAUCCCUCUGAGAUUCAGAGAGAAAAUCCCAGGAUCCCUCUGAGAUUCACAUAGAAAAUCCUGGGAUCCCUCUGAGAUUCAAAGAGAAAAUCCCAGGAUCCCUCUGAGAUUCAAAGAGAAAAUCCCAGGAUCCCUCUGAGAUUCAAAGAGAAAAUCCCAGGAUCCAUCUGAGAUUCAGAGAGAAAAUCCCAGGAUCCAUCUGAGAUCAAACAGAAAAUCCCAGGAUCCAUCUGAGAUCAAACAGAAAAUCCCAGGAUCCCUUUGAGAUUCACAUAGAAAAUCCUGGGAUCCAUCUGAGAUCAAACAGAAAAUCCCAGGAUCCCUCUGAGAUUCAGAGAGAAAAUCCCAGGAUCCAUCUGAGAUCAAACAGAAAAUCCCAGGAUCCCUCUGAGAUUCAAAGAGAAAAUCCCAGGAUCCCUCUGAGAUUCAAAGAGAAAAUCCCAGGAUCCCUCUGAGAUUCACAUAGAAAAUCCCAGGAUCCAUCUGAGAUUCAGAGAGAAAAUCCCAGGAUCCAUCUGAGAUCAAACAGAAAAUCCUGGGAUCCAUCUGAGAUUAAACAAAAUCCCAGGAUCCCUCUGAGAUUAAACAAAAUCCCAGGAUCCCUCUGAGAUUCUGGGAUUGAGGAUUCAUCCCCUCCACACACACACACACAAAGCUAAAAAAAAGCCAUUUUUGCCUCAGGGUUCCUCCCUUUUUUGCCCCUUGGAGAAGCAAGAGUUGGGAGUUCCAGGCAGGCUUGGGAAUUCCAGGAGAACGGGGUGCUGAGGGAAAAAUGCCAAAAAUGACUUUGCUGGGAAUGUUGCACUUUGGGGUGUGCAGGAGAGGCUGAAAUCCCAGGAUGAGCUUGGAUUUUCCUUGUUGGAUUUUCCAGCAUUUCCAUCCCUGCUCUCGGUCUGGAGUCUUUAAAGAAUGGGAAUUCCAAAAACAGGAAAACAAAAAAACAAAAAAAAAACAAACAAACCCCAAACUUUUAGGAUAUUUUAUUGGAUUUUUUUUUAUUAUUAUUAUUUUUUUUAUUUUUCUUUUUUCCUUUCUGGAAUCGCUGCUGGGAUGAAGGAAAAUCCCUCACAUCCAAUGCUGUGCUUCCAUAAAAAAAAAAAAAAAACAAAAAAAAAACCCAAACCUGCUCCCAUCAUUUCUGCUCCCUCCUUUUUCCUUGGAAUUUUCACCUUCCCAGUGGCACCAGGCGCUGCUUUUAAUCCCAAAUUUCUGUUCCAUCAUCAUGGAGAGACCUCCCAAAAAAACUCCAGGAAUGUGAAGGGAACUGGAAAAGCAGAGGAGAACGUGCACAGGGUCUUUCUGAGUCCUCUGGUAAUUUAUUAUUUUAUUUAAAACUGUUAAUUUUACUUGAAAAGUCAAUUUAUCCAUGAUUAAAAGUGGGAUUUCUAUGAA